GCAGAUCAGGGCGGUGCCGAGAAAAAUUUCCUUACUAGAUGACAUUUCAUCGCAAUGUCCGAUCGUUUGGGGCAAAUAACCAAGGGCAAGGAUGGGAAAAGCAAGUAUUCGACGCUCAGCCUGUUUGAUAAGUAUAAAGGAAAAUCAGUAGACGCAAUCAGAUCCUCAGUAAUUCCUAGACAUGGCUUACAGAGUCUCGGGAAAGUUGCCACAGCCCGGCGCAUGCCACCGCCCGCAAACCUACCGAGCUUGAAGUCUGAAAACAAAGGAAACGACCCCAACAUCGUUAUCGUACCCAAGGACGGGACGGGAUGGGCAAACAAGCAGGACCAGCAAGACCCAAAGAGUUCCAGUGCGACGGCCGCUCAGCCGCCGGAGUCGCAGCCGCAGCCGGGUUUGCAGAAAUCUGUCUCCAAUUUACAGAAACCGACUCAGCCAGUCAGUCAGGAGAACACAAAUACAGUGCCAGGUGGACCAAAGUCAUGGGCACAGCUGAAUGGAAAGCCAGCAGGACACGAAGGUGGUUUAAGGGGCUCAAGCCGACUCUUAUCCUUCUCUCCCGAGGAAUUUCCGACGCUGAAAGCAGCUGGCGGGCAGGACAAGGCUGGCAAAGAAAAGGGCGCCUUAGAUCUGUCGUAUGGGCCAGGACCAAGCCUCCGCCCUCAGAAUGUGACAAGCUGGAGGGAGGGCGGUGGGCGAAACAUAAUUUCUGCCACGUCUCUGAGCGCCUCCCCCACUGAGCUGGGCAGCAGGAACUCGAGCGCGGGAGACGGAGCCCCCUCCUCGGCAGGCGCCAGCGAUGCUAAGGACCCCUCUCUCCGCCCGGCUCAGCCUGUUCGCAAAGGGGCUUCGCAGUUCCUGGGGAACGCAUACCACCCACCUACAUACCAUGACAUGCUUCCUGCCUUUAUGUGUUCGCCACAGUCAUCCGAGAACCAGGGUACAGCGGAACGAGCGUCUUUCCCGCCUCCGCCGCUCCGCCUGGAGCCCCGAGUUCCUUUCCGACAGUUCCAGAUGAACGACCAGGACGGAAAAGACAGCCGGCUGGGCAUGCCCCGCCCGCCCCGCCCGCUCAGGCAGCUGGUGGAGCGGGCGCCGCGGCCCACCAUCAUCAAUGCCGAGAACCUCAAGGGCCUGGAUGACCUGGACACCGAUGCCGACGAUGGCUGGGCAGGCCUCCAUGAGGAAGUGGACUAUUCUGAGAAGUUGAAGUUCAGUGAUGAUGAAGAGGAGGAGGACGUGGUGAAGGAUGGCAGGCCACAGUGGAACAGCUGGGACCCGAGGAGGCAGCGGGGGCUGUCAAUGAGCUCUGCAGACAGUGCUGAUGCCAAGCGUGCCCAAGAGGAAGGAAAGGACUGGGGCGAGACAGUGGGCAUGGCUCGUGUCCUCAAGAAGGUGCCAGAACCUCAGCCACCUCCCAGGAAGCUUCACAGCUGGGCCUCAGGCCCUGACUACCAGAAGGCCUCCGUGGGCAGCGUGUUCCGGCAGCAGUCGGUCGAGGACAAAGAGGACAAGCCGCCCCCACGGCAGAAGUUCAUCCAGUCGGAGAUGUCCGAGGCCGUGGAGCGCGCCCGGAAGCGGCGGGAGGAGGAGGAGCGCCGGACCCGGGAGGAGCGGCUGGCUGCCUGCGCCGCCAAACUCAAACAGCUGGACCAGAAGUGCAGGCAGGCCCAGAAGGCCGGCGAGGCGCAGCGGCCACUGGAGAGGGACGCGCCCCGGUCUCCAGGCCCCGAGAAGGCACCACCGCUGGAGAACGGCCCCGCCGUCCGCAAAGGCUCCCCCGAGUUCUCUGCCCCGGAAGCCCCCAGCACGUUCUCAGAAGAGGCCCCCACAGCUCCGGCGGCUGUGGCUCAGAGCGGCAGCAGUGAGGAGGGGCCCGGGGAGGCUGGGUCCCCUGCGCAGGAGUUCAGCAAGUACCAGAAGUCCCUUCCUCCCAGGUUCCAGCGCCAGCAGCAGCAGCAGCAGCAGCAGCAGCAGGAGCAGCUGUACAAGAUGCAGCACUGGCCGCAGGUGUACCCUCCGCCCUCCCACCCGCAGCGCACCUUCUACGCGCACCACCCUCAGAUGCUGGGCUUCGACCCCAGGUGGAUGAUGAUGCCUUCCUACAUGGACCCUCGGAUCCCGCCCACUCGCACCCCCGUGGAUUUCUACCCCUCGGCUCUGCACCCCUCGGGACUGAUGAAGCCCAUGGUGCCCCCAGACUCCGUCAGUGGGACUAGCUGUCGCUCUGAGGAUCAGAGCCGUGUCCCCCAACUGCAGGAAAGAAAAGUGACCGCCAUCGACCCAGCCCCUGUGUGGAGCCCCGAGGGCUACAUGGCAUUGCAGAGCAAGAGCUACUCUCUGCCUCCCCCAAAACCCAGCGACACUUUGGCCAUGGACAUGCACGUCAGGAAUGAAAGCGCUUACUCUGCCUCACCCGGAAGGUCAGGGGGCGUAGGUGCCCCGCGCGCUCCCCUUGAGGAGAGAGUGGAGGAGUACUUGAGUGCUUUUGACAAGAAGGCCCAAGCAGACUUUGACAGCUGUGUCUCUUCCCAAAGAAGAGGCCAGGAGCUUUUGUUUCCACCCCAAGACAGUGUGCAGGACGCAGGUGCUCCUCGGGGCCACACCCCAAACCUCAGGUGUUCCCCACUGGAGCCCGACUUUGCCCCGGCUGAGAACAAGCCAGACUAUAGCAAUUGGGAUGUUAGCCCCCAGCCCAAGGCCGCUGACACAGCCAACGGUGUGGACAAGGAGGCGCCCCGGGAGGAGCCGCCCUUCAAUGCCUCCUCCUGGGAGAAGGAAGGGAGCCCCCACAAACAGCCGUCCCUGGAGCCCGAGUGGACCGCCGAGCCCCGGGGCCCCGGCAGCCAGCAGCAGGAGCAGACCAGCAGGACCCGGCGGUCGGGGCCCAUCAAGAAGCCGGUGCUGAAGGCGCUCAAGGUGGAAGACAAGGAGAAGGAGCUGGAGAAGAGCAGGCCGGAGCCGGGGGAGGAGAGCGCCCGCCAGCCCCCGGAGGAGGUGCCGCGUCACCAGGACCAGGACGAGGACGAGGACCAGGAGAACGACCCCACGCUGGCCAACGCCGCCCCCUCCGCCUCGGAGGCCCCGGGCGCGGCCCGAGAUGGCGUGGGCCGCUCUGCCAGCAAGUCUGAGGAGGACGACCAGCCCGACAGGGCCUGGGAGCCCAGGCCGGCCCGGGAGCCCAGCGACCCGCCCCUGACCAAGAGGAGCAACUGGAUCUUCAUCGAUGAGGAGCAAGCCUUUGGGGGCCGAGGGCAGGCCCGGAGCCGCGGCCGCGGGUUCCGAGAAUUCACUUUCCGUGGCCGGCCUGCGGGCGGCGGCCCCGGCAUCGGGGGCGGGGGGGUCCUCGGGGUGCGGGGCAUCUACACCAACAGCCAGAGGAGCGGCCGCGGCCGGGGCCUGCGCGAGUUCGGGCCGCCCGAGGACUUCCCCCGCGCCAAGCCCCGGUGCCGCAUCGCCAGCGAGACCCACAGCGAGGGCUCCGAGUACGAGGAACUGCCCAAGCGGCGGCGGCAGAGAGUCUCGGACAGCGGCCACGAAGGCUCGCUCCUGGACAGGGAGGAGGCCGCCUCCAGGAAAGGCGACUUCAGGGACUCGUGGCGGUCCCACAAAUGUACCCCCGACGAUCACAGCGGUCUGGAGGCCAAGAGCAGAGGCCCGCGGGCCUUCGGGCGCGCCCUCCCUCCCCGGCUGAGCCACUGCGGCUACGGGCGGAGAACCUUCGUGUCCAGGGAGGCCGCCCACUGGCAGAGCCGCAGUGCCGGCGCCUGCUGGCAGGACCACGGUUCCCCCGACACCGGCCCCCGGCGGCCCCCCGACAGAGACUGCGUCCCAGAGGCCUCCUGGCACCCCGAGGCCCUUGGCGCCAGGGGCUGCGAGGACGGCCGCCUGGAGGACAAGAGGCCCUUCUUCCCGGACGACCACGGGGCCGAUGCUGAGAGCGCGGAGAACCGGCCCUUCCGGAGGAGGCGCCCCCCGCGCCAGGACAAGCCCCCGCGCUUCCGGCGCCUCCGGCAGGAGCGCGAGUCCCUGGGGGUGUGGGGGCCGGAGGAGGAGCCCCACCUGCUGGCGGGUCAGUGGCCAGCCAGGUCCCAGCUCUGCCCCGGGGACAGGAGCGGCGCCGUGGGCCGCAGGUCCCCCGAGCUCUCCUACCAGAACUCCUCUGACCACGCCAACGAGGAGUGGGAGACCGCCUCCGAGAGCAGCGACUUCAGCGAGCGGCGCGAGCGGCGGGACGGCUCCGGGCCCGAGCCCGGCCCCCACGUGGACGGCAGCCUGCCCGGGGCCAGCCUGGGGGAGAAGAAGGAGCUGGCCAAGCGGAGCUUCUCCAGCCAGAGACCCCUGGUGGACCGGCAGAGCCGGAAGCUGGAGCUGGGAGGGUUUGGGGAGAAGGCUGUUAGGCCAGGCGGUGGUGACACCUCUCCCCAUUAUGAGAGCCAGCAGAGUGGGACGCCUUUGAAAGCCAAAAGGACCCCGGACGAGGCCUUGCCAGGAGGUCACAGUGGUCACUACACCCUGGAGCGGGCUGCCCAUGCCACCUCUGACGUCCCCGAAGCCGCCUGUGAGAAGGCAGAGGAGGCCACCCUGGCUGCUCAGAGGGUGGGCGAGCCGGGAGAGGCCAUGAAGCAGUUUGACCUGAACUACGGAAAUUCCAUCCUCGAGAAUUGUGGGCCCAGCCCCGGGGAGGAGACGGAGGUGGGCUCCAUGGUGGGUGAAGGCUUCAUCGAAAUCCUGACCAAGAAGCAGCGCCGCCUGCUGGAGGAGGAGAGGAGGAAGAAGGAGCAAGCUGCGCAGGUGAGGACCUUCCCCAGAGGUGGGAGAGCCCAUCUGUCUGGGCUCUGGCCAGCAGAAUGUGCAUGAAAAUGUACACCCCUUCCUCGGUUUGCGAAAAAGCAGAACAACUUGGGCCUGGAGCAAGGCGAUGUGCCCGUGCCGGGCAGCAGCCUGGGCACUGAGAUCUGGGAGAGCAGUGGCCAGGCCCUGCCCGUUCAGGCCUCAACCAGCGAUUCCUGGACUAAAGCCGCCACGGCCUUCAACAGCUCCGAGCCCGGCUCCGCCGAGCAGGGCUUUAAGAGCAGCCAGGGAGACAGUGGUGUGGACUUGAGCGCCGAGUCUCGAGAGUCGUCUGCGACCUCGUCGCAGCGCAGCUCGCCCUAUGGCACUCUGAAACCAGAGGAGAUGAGCGGGUCCAACCUGGAGCCCAAGGCUGACGGCCAUAAGGAGCCGGCUCAGAAGCAACCCGAGCAAAAGGAUUCAGAACAAGGCUCAGCGCAGAGCAAGGAGCACAGACCAGGACCCAUCGGCAACGAGCGCUCCCUGAAGAACAGAAAGGGCUCCGAGGCGGCCGAGCGCCUGCCGGGCGCCGCUGUCCCGCCGGUCAACGGGGUGGAGAUUCACGUGGACUCCGUGCUCCCGGUGCCGCCCAUCGAAUUUGGAGUCAGUCCAAAAGACUCCGACUUCAGCUUGCCGCCGGGGUCUGCCCCCGGCCCCACGGGGAAUCCAGUGGUCAAGCUCCAGGACGCCCUGGCUAGUAACGCCGGGCUGACACAGAGUAUUCCCAUCCUGCGGCGAGAUCAUCACAUCCAGAGGGCCAUCGGCCUCUCCCAGAUGUCCUUCCCCACGGCCGACCUCACUCUGAAGAUGGAGUCUGCGCGGAAGGCUUGGGAAAACUCGCCCAGCUUGCCGGAGCAGAGCUCUCCGGGAGGCCCUGGCUCGGGCAUCCAGCCCCCGUCCUCUGUGGGAGCCUCCAGUGGGGCCAACUACAGCUCCUUCGGCGGCGUCUCCAUGCCGCCCAUGCCCGUGGCGGCCCGAGCCUCCUCGUGCGCGUCUCCAGGCAGCCACCUGCCACCUCUCUACCUGGAUGGGCACGUGUUUGCCAGUCAGCCCCGGCUGGUUCCUCAGACCAUCCCGCAGCAGCAGAGCUACCAGCAGGCUGCCGCUGCCCAGCAGAUCCCCAUCUCCCUCCACACGUCUCUGCAGGCGUCAGCCCAGCUGGGGCUGAGGGGCGGGCUCCCCGUCUCCCAGUCACAGGAGAUCUUCAGCUCCUUGCAGCCCUUCAGGUCGCAGGUGUACAUGCACCCCAGCCUGUCCCCGCCCAGCACCAUGAUCCUCUCUGGAGGCACCGCCCUGAAGCCUCCGUACUCGGCGUUUCCCGGCAUGCAGCCCUUGGAGCUCGUGAAGCCCCCGUCCGGCUCCCCCUACCAGCCCAUGAGCGGAAGCCAAGCCCUGGUCUACGAGGGCCAGCUCAGCCAGGCGGCCGGGCUGGGCGCCUCCCAGAUGCUGGACUCCCAGCUCCCCCAGCUGACGAUGCCACUGCCCGGCUCCCAGCUGCCUCUGCCGCGGUACGGCUCCGGACAGCAGCCCCUGCUCCUGCCCCAGUCCAUCCAGCUGCCACAGGGGCAGAGCCUCUCGGUGGGGGCCCCUCGCAGAAUUCUUCCGCCCGGGUCCCAGCCUUCGGUCCUUAACACCAGCAGAGAGGUUUCUAUUCCUAUCCAGAUGAGAUGAAGGGGUUUACACUUUGCCGACAGUAAACCCGAAAUGUUCCCUUCAGGGGCUCCGGGGCAAUCACCACAGACCUACAGGCCUAGCUCUGCUAGCCCCAGUGGGAAGCCCUCUGGAUCAGCAGUUAACAUGGGCUCUGUGCAGGGACACUACGCUCACCAGGCAAAGCCACGAGUGGAUGAGAAACCCGGCCUGGGAGCCGUGACCCUGCAGGAGGCCCCCUUGGCCGCCGCCCAGAUGAAGCGCACAGGAGCCAUCAAGCCUCGGGCGGUGAAAGUGGAGGAGAGCAAGGCCUGAGGCGCUGGUCUGGCCGCCUCACUGUGGGCAGAGCCGCCUCUCCGUCCAACCGCCUGGCCGGCCGGCAGAGAAAGAUCCUCUCUCCAGUCCUGAUAGCUCCGACGUCCAACCAGCUUGCACCGUGGAUUUGUGGCAUUGACCUGCUUGCUUUCAUCCGAAACAGCAACAGCCCCGUCCCGUCUCCUUUCCGCCCCCCGGCGGUGGCCCUGAGGAUGCGGCCGCGGGCAGCUCCUCGGUGGGCGCUCCGUGCUGCCCCGCCCCGUCCCGCCGGUGGUGUGGCAGCCGGCCCUUUCCUUUGAAGCUUUUUAUUUUAAAAAGCAGCUGAAGCAGCCAAGGUUUUUACAGAGAAAGGAAAACAAAACACAAGCGGUGUCUGUGCAGCUGAACUUUUAUAUGCUCUUCGCCAGCUCCCCGACUCCUUGUCCGGUAGUGUCUUCCCCUCCUGUUUAGUUUGACGCAUCGCUGUGAGACGCCCCCCUGCUCUUCGUUGGUUAGCCUCUGCGGCCACACAAGGUACCGCAGGAGCACCCGGUGUCGGGCUGCGCUCCGGAGCCCACGGGCAGCCCGUGAGCUGGGGUUUACGGAAGGGUUUCUGUCCCGGAGUCUGAAGCCAGGGACGUGCUGGCCGCUGGCCCUGUGGUGAAGCGUGGACACAGUCACUGGUGUAUCCCGAGUUGGCCUGACGUGUGAGCAGGCAGCACCACGGCCCCCCGCCCCACAGCCCCCGCCCCACCUCCCGCGUCUGCUCGAGGGCGCCGGCACCCAGGGCUUCUCCACCUUCCUGCAGCCCCGCGCUUCCUGCAGGGCUUCCUGCUCCUCCCCUCCCAGCAGCAGGCCCAGGUGGCGGGACAGGGCACCUGAGCUGAGCAGUGAGGUCAGCCUUUCCAGCGGCGGGCAGGUCCAAGGGGGAGGCUGUGUUGCAGGGCUGGCCAUGGUUCUGAAACGGCCUGGGCAGCCACCCAAGUCUGCAGAGCUGCCUCCAGCAAAAUGCUCGCGUGAGCCAUUUCACACUGCGUUUUGUUUUUUAAAAACUAGAAUCGCCCCAGAUUCUGUCAUUCCGAGGAAAGGGAGGGGAAGGCUCGAGUUUUGCAGAGGCCCUUCGAGGAACUAAGCAGCACCUACAGAGAGGGCACUGCCACUGGUCCCAGGGGACCUGGCUCAGCCCGUGUCCCUGCAGGUGUGUGCCGGCUGCUCAGGCUGCUUCUCAGCUCUGUCCAGGGUAGGACACGGGAGGGAGGGCCCUUGGGCUGCUGGAGCAGCUCGUGCUGUGAUGACAGCUUUAAGGACGGGACACCACCUGGCAGAGCUCCCGUCUCGCGCCCUGGAGGCCAGUUUCCUGGGAAGAGCUUUACUGCUCACGUGGUAGCUUUCCGCACCCCCUCGCCUCCAUCCUCGGACCUCACUGUUCACUGGCUUCUCUUUUCCCUUCAUCUCCUGAAUCUUUACUCUGGAGUCCUGUCCUCACUCUCCUGCCCCAUGUGCUCAUCUGCUCUGCCCCUCCUCCCCCACGAGAGCUGCUGCCUGCCCCACUCCCCGAUGCCCCCAUCGCCCGCUGCCCUGCAGGAGCCACACGCUGCCUGAACACCUGGGAACCCGCCCAGACCCUCCCACCUGAUUCUGGGGUCCGCUGCUUGUCUAAAGCAAGAAAGGUUUUCUCAUUGUGAGGCUCCACAGAACAGUCCUGGAUGCUGUUACAAACUCAAGGUGUGCCCUCCUGGUGAUCCUGACAGAGCGACAGUGCUUGUUUGAGGAAAAAUAAAAACACGGGGUCACCUGCUCUCCAGCCCUUUUCUCUGCCCUGUAUUUUCUACUCCCCCCCCCCCCCCCAAUAAAACAGAAAACACUAGGAUUUAUUUAUAUGUAUUGUUGUAGGUCUAGGUGAAGGAAGGAAGUGUCCCACUGCGCUAUUUAUAGAUGCGUCUGACUGACCUGUGCAGGAAGGCCAGGAGCUGCAUGUGACCCUCAGUGCUUUCUCCGCCUCGUGUGCCCAGCUGCGGGCGCUUCCCCCCGAGACAUUUCCAGCUGGACUCGGGCAGAGGGUAGGCCCGGGCCUGCUGGCACCCCAUCCCUUCCUUGGUCUGAUUAAAUGCAGUCUUUACUGCAGAGAUGUUUUAAGGUGCAAUCUCUUCCUUUCGCGUGGUUUUAGAGCUAAGCUCAAGGUAGUAGGACUUUGGGUCUUGUUUUGGCUUCAAACCCCCCUCUUCAGAGCGCAUAACCACGCAGAGGCCUCUGCCAGGGUGUUUUGGGGCCUUUGGUGGGAACAGGUGAAAACCCAAACUUACCUUUUCUGCUGCUGAGAUGGGGGUGGUGUCCACGCCCUCAUGCACCUUUGCCUGCUCGUCACAGUCACCCUCUGAUGCUGGCAGCUCUGCCCGGCUGUUGAUGGUGCAGCCCGCCGCUCCGCACCAGGAGCCUGAUGUAGCGUCCGUCCAGUGUCAACUGCUCGGUGGAGUAAAAUCCCAGCGUGUGGGGUCGUGUGUCUGAGAGGCGGCGUCCACCCACUGAAGAUUUCUUUGCCAGCUGUUUGGUCUGGUUUUCUUUACCGUUACUCACCCCUUCUGUCCACACUAUUGUUUGCAAACUUGGAAUUCAUACACUUCUGGCUCUAGGUUCCUUAAGGGAAAAACAGAGGAUGACUGACACGUUUCAGAAAAAUCGGUUUGCCCGCUUUCAAACUGGUCAUUCCAGCCACUUCUCAGAACACUGAGCAUCUCGCUACAACCGGCGUCCGUGCUCCAGCUAGGCCCUCGCCUCCGGACCUGCUCCUGGAUCUUUGGUGAGAUUUGUGACUGAUGCUCAGAGCCGAGGAGGAAAGCGUGCAGGUGUGAGGUCAUGGGGCAAAUGGUACAGCUCCUCCCUGCAGACCGGCUCCCCUCCACCAAGUAGCUGCGUGUUGCCUCUCAUCUGGACUUGUUCCUUUCACCUGCAGAGCAAGCCUGGGUAGGAAGGUCGGUUGGAAGUGGCCUUUGACAACCAAGGAGACUUGAGUAUUUGUGCUUUGUCGUGCUCUGUGAUGAGUGGGACGUGCAGACUUCAGAGAGCCAGCCCUUCCGGUUUGAAGGCAUGAGAUGGACCUAACAGACCACCCAGGACAGGAACGGCCCAGCGUUGGGGUCAGACCGUUUGUCCCCCGCCGAGCUCUCCACUCGGACCACCAGCGUGUAUUUGGCUAGUGACCUUCCAGGCGCAUCCUGCCGUUCAGUUCCUCCUCCGGGUUGGGUGGCCUCCAGGAAGGUAGCAGCGUCCCCAGGGCCCUGUCUUCAGCAUGUUGCACAGCCUCCCAGGGGAUCGUGUGCUGCAAGCUUCGGGCCUCACGCCUUGCGUAGUGAAAAGGGUUUGGGGUUUUUUGUUCUUGAGAGGGAUUUUGUUUCCUUUUAUUUUGGCCUUUCCUCUGUUUGUCUUUUCAUAUAGACCAGAUAUUUGAAAGGGCAGGCGAUGGCUGAAGGUGUAAUGUGCAGCUUGUUCAUACAUUAUUUUGGGGAAGCUUUUGCCUUGGAUGGGAAAUGGAAUCAUGGGUUCACCAGGCUGGUGGCACACUCACCCCUUGCCCUUUCCCUCCGGUCCAGUACCUAUUGUUUCUCCUUUCAAAUAUGUGAUUGUACUAACUCUUUCCAUAUGAAAGAAUUCUCCUUAUUUAAAUAAAAAAAAAGUUAAAAAAAAAA